GGGGAGGUGCCCGAUAGCCGCGGCGCAGCCGGGCGGGAAGAGGCCCGCUUGUGCGCUUGAGCCGCGCUCCUUGGGUGGCCGCAUGCCCAGGGAGAAUCGGUCGCGGGGCUUCGUCUUGUGAAGCCCGGGAACUCCUGAGGUCUGCUGCUGAGUAACUCCUGCUUGGUGGAUUUGUAGUGGGGAGAGGAGCCCUCCCGUGAGGCUGUACCUAUCCUUGUUCUAGACACUGCAAAAUAAACUGCAAUAUUUGGAGACCAUGGCUGCAGACCCACUCUCAGAGCUUCAGGAUGACCUGAACUUGGAUGAUACCAACCAGUCCCUCAGCCAGCUCAAACUAGCCUCCAUCGAUGAUAAGAACUGGCCGGCAGAUGAAGACCCUGCUUUUCCCAAAUCAGAGGACUCCAAAGGCUCCCCUGAGCCUGUCACUCACCUGCGAUGGGAUGAUCCUUACUAUGAUAUCGCCAGGCACCACAUUGUGGAAGUAGCAGGUGAUGACAAAUAUGGAAGGAAAGUCAUUUUGUUCAGUGCCUGCCGGAUGCCCCCAAGUCAUCAGCUUGACCAUGUGAAACUGCUGGGGUACCUGAAAUUCACACUGGACCAGUAUGUGGAAAGUGAUUACACACUUGUGUAUCUACAUCAUGGCCUGACUAGUGAGAACAAGCCAUCCCUGAGCUGGCUGCGGGAUGCCUACAGGGAAUUUGAUCGCAAGUACAAGAAGAACAUCAAAGCCUUGUAUAUUGUGCAUCCAACCAUGUUCAUCAAGACCCUUCUGAUUCUCUUCAAGCCUCUGAUAAGCUUCAAGUUUGGACGAAAGAUUUUUUAUGUGAACUUCCUUAGUGAGCUGGAGGAGUAUGUAAAGCUGGAACAGUUGGGGAUCCCGAGCCAAGUGCUGAAAUACGAUGAAUAUCUCAGAUCCCUCCAGAAACCUUCACAAGUGCCCCAGAAGCCAACACCCCCCCGCCCACCACUGCCAAACCAGCAAUUUGGAGUCUCGCUCCAACAUCUACGGGAGAAGAGCCCUGAUCGGUCUCCUGUUCCUCUGGUGGUCAGAGAGACUAUUGCUCAUUUGCGGGAGCAUGCUCUCACAACAGAAGGGAUUUUCCGGAGAUCAGCAAAUACGCAGGUUGUCAGGGAGGUCCAGCAAAAAUACAACAUGGGUGUGCCGGUAGAUUUCCAACAGUACGAAGAUGUCCACCUCCCUGCUGUGAUUCUCAAGACCUUUUUGAGAGAGCUGCCUGAGCCCCUCCUCACUUUUGGCCUCUACAGCCAUGUUGUCAGCUUCCAGAGUGUGGAAGAAGUGAAUCGUGUGGAUGUCAUUCGCAAAAUACUCCAGAAUCUGCCAGAAGAAAACUACCGUGUGCUCCAUUUACUGACAGCCUUUUUGGUGCAGGUAUCUGCUCACAGUGACAGAAACAAGAUGACAAACACCAACCUGGCAGUUGUGUUUGGCCCAAAUCUGCUGUGGGCCAAAGAUGUAGCCAUCACCCUAAAAGCCAUCAACCCCAUCAAUACCUUUACCAAGUUCCUGCUGGACCACCAGAAGGAGCUCUUUGAGGAUGUGGAGGCCUGAAUCCCGGCCAGCCCACACCCACACACUGUGCCCACCUUCCCACCUUUCCCACCUUGUCUUGGAGCUGUGACCAAGCUGUCUCCAGUAUAAAGGGACUGUUGGUACCCUGGGUGAUGAGCAGAAUGAGGGCUGUGGAGAUGGUGGAGAAAGUGUAAGUAAGCAAGCAGGAGACCUGCUGCUCCAGAUGGAGAUGGGAGCUGGUCUCCCAGCUACUGUGUGGGAGCACACAGUCACCUGCCAGUCUGUGCAGCUCCUCCAGAGCUCAUCACCAGCCUGCUGCCCUAUAAGAUGACCAGCCAUCCUUUCCUCCUUCCCUCACAUACGGCUUUUCUGCCCUCCUGGUCCCUUCUUCAGCAAAGAUCUUUUUUUGUUUAAACUCCCAAUAGCCGCAUCUCACUCCCCUUGCUUCAGCUGGGCUAUCAGGGCUCGGGCAAGAUUCACUGGGUAUGUGGCAGAGAUGUUCUUGCUGUAGGUGCCAUUUCUCCGCACUGAAAGUGCAUCCUACCUUCCCCCAGAGGCAUCUGAAACACUGAAUGGAGCAGGCAGCCCUUGUGCUUCAGGUACUUGUCCUGCACUUGCAAACACCACUUUAGCCACAACUUUUUGGCAGGCAAGUGAAGGAUAGGUUCCACAGGACAUUGGCUGGAUAGACCUGCAAGACUGCAACGCACAGAAGCUGAAUUUAGCCCAAGGCCCUCUGGGGUCACCCACUCCAGGUACUCUUCAGCUUUUGCUGGGGCGAGGUUCCUCCUGUAAUUACCCAGCUCAGGUGUUUCUGUCACUCCAGCAGCAUUUCCAGCCUGGUUGGGAAGGUGCAUGCCAGACCUGGCUGUGCAUGGGUUCUGGCUGGGGCCCCUUCACAGAUGGGAGUCUGCACUGCAAGGAGAAAGUGCCCUGGUGGCACAGAACUGCUGAAACUAUGAAGAUCACUGCCUUUCCCUCUGGCAGCAACACGAGGCCUCUUCUACUCCUUCAGGCACGUGCAUCUGUGCUGACAGACACAGACUGCCUUGGUUGUUUCUUCUCUUCAGUUUGAACAGAACCUUCUCUAGCACAACGUAACAAUGAGCAUGGCCUUAGGGGAAGGUCUAGGGACUGGGGCUAACCCUCACUCUGGAGUGCACCAGGCCUGGUUUACAAGUUUCUGCCCAGGUGCUGAGCACUCAUGUGCCAAAGCUGUGAGGGAACAGCUAUUUCUUGCAGAGGGCAUCGCCUUCUCUCCUCCUCAGUUCCUUUCCCUUCCAUCCUCCCAUGGAAGCCUCAUCUGGUGCAUCCUGUAUGCCAUGGGCACGCCUGGAGAAAUCGGAUUGUCUGCAAGGCAGGCUUAGGGCUGGAUGUGCCUGGUGCCUUCCCAAAGCAGUGCAUCACUGUUGGUGUUGGGGUUGUAGCAUGCAGGUCACCUGAGCUAGAAGAGUUCUCUCUCCUUAGCCUGAGCCUGAUGGGGUGCUCAUGGGGAGCUUCUAGUGUUCUCUGGCGUGUUAUACCUAUGUCUCUUGUGCCCUGCAUGCUUUGGCCAGUCCUGCUUCCUGCUGUAUUUGGCCACAGGGACAUAUGCUUUGGACCAAACAGAACUCAUUUUUUAAAAGCUACUGGAUGCUAAAUAGAAUUUGCUUUUCUGUA